UGUUCCCUCCGCUUUCUCUACCACUUGAACUCUAAAAAAUGUUCUUAUUUUUUCUGUUACCUGUAUUCAGCCUGGCUGCUGUAAUUCAAUCAUUCACUAUUGGAGUCUCUACUGAACUACCUACAGUAACCACUGUGGCUCCGGUGGCGCAGGUUGAGCCAAUUACGGUUCCAACGAGGACUCAAAACACUUAUAAUGCAAAAAUUGAGCAAAGAUUGCCGUUUUUAAGAGGAAUAGACGAGCUUAAUCGUCAAGAGUUUUUUUCGAUUAUUCAAAACGACAAAUUGAGUAAAUCGGAGAUUUGGGAGAACGUGGAAAAAUGGUCAGAAAAGCAGACGGCUGGAGUUCGGGCAGAUAUAAUGGAAUUCCAUCAACGGCUAUCCCAUCACGUGGACAAUUCAAAGUUCAGAGUUGAACGAAUUAUCAAAAAUUUGCCAGAAGCUUUGAGAAAAUUAUCGGAAAUUGUGCAGGAUAUCGAUAUUACUAGAUUGCAGGAAAAGAACCGCAUUGCCAAUCUGUACACGUCAUUGGAAGAUGACGUCAGCAAAACACUUCAAUGGAUCGUUCACUUGGUAUCUUACGAAAAGAAUGAAGGAAAGCAGCUUGAAAGACGAAAUAAGCUGAGAAAACUGAAGAAGGGAGGAAUUUGGACUGGAGGUGUUCAGGCUACUAACAUUAUUUAAUCAUUGUAAUAGCAGCAAAAAUUAUAUAAUUUUUAUAAAGUUAUUGUGAAACUGCAAAAGUUAUUUGCACAUUUGUAUUGUUUAAAAUUUUUUUCAAUAAACUACUUCUGAAUAAAUGAAAGUUGCAGUUUUAAAAAUACC